GCCGUCGAGCGGCGCGGACACAACAGAAAGGAAGAGAGGAGAGAAAAAUGAAAUAGCACCACAUUCACGGACAGGAGCUGGACUGCUCACAUCACCUGACACGGAGAGCAACAACUUCGAACCAAACCGAAAGAAUAAAGCUGUCAGGUCUUCUCUUGAAGUCAUCCACCGAGUACUAUAGCAAAAUGAGAACCGAAGAGGCUUCAGGCACAGUCCUGCACCGGCUGAUCCAGGAGCAGCUUCGCUAUGGAAACCCCAUGGACGCUCACACCCUCCUGGCCAUCCAGCAGCAGGCCCUGCGGAGAGGAGGAGGCAGCGGAGGCGCUGGAUCUUCUCAGUCUUCCUCAGAAAGCCUCUCCCAGGAGGAGCCUCAGUCCCUGAAGCUCUCUGCGAGGCAGGAGCCCCAGGGCCAGGAGCACCAGGCUGAUUACCAGCACGCUGAAAGCUACCACCUUUACUCCCACCACCACGAGCAGCUACCCACGUACGAGCAAGCCAAGGUGCACUCGCAGUACCUGGCAUCUCAGUGGUACCACAAUGGACAGCCUGGCAAAGACCACUUGCUGGAGAACAGCCAGAGCAGCAUGCAGUCCUAUGAAGACGAGAGGUGCGAUGGCAAGCGUGGCCAUGCUAGGUCACUCAGCGAACGGCUGAUGCAGCUGUCGCUCCAGCGCAAGGCUGCGAAUGCCACCCCAGCCCCCAUCAGCUCCUCCAGUAGCUACCCGCAGAUAGCCGACUACCAUGCCAGCCAGCACUUGGCGCAGGGAUCCAAGGAUAAGCAAGGCCCUUGGCAUGAAUAUCCACUUCACCUUCAGACACAAGCGGUGACGCUAAACCACCCGCAGGAGUAUGAGCAUUUCUACACUGCACCUCCACCAGCUUUCCACAGCCAGCAUAACAGGCUCAUUCAACCAGUGCAGUCGCCUGAAGCGCGCUAUGUGUUCUCCAGUGCGCCCCCUGCAGGCAGGGAGGUAUUGACGCUCGGCUGCAACCAGACGGAGCUGCUGAUGAAGGAGAAUGAGAGGCUGAGGCAGGAGCUGGAGGGUCAUGUGGAGAAAGCAGCCAGGAUUCAGAAGCUGGAGCAGGAGAUCCAGCGGAUUUCCGAAGCGUAUGAGACACUGAUGCAGGGCUGCGUGAAGAGAGAAGCUCUGGAGCAGACGCUCAGGAACAAGCUGAUGGCCGAGGUUAAGAGACUGCAGGAACUCAACACUGAGCUCAGAGACAGCCUGGAGAACACCAGCGCUCAGGCAGCGAAAGACGUGGAGGCUGCCGACCACAACCAGCAUGUCAUGACCAAGCUCCUCAUGCAGAUCGAGGAGCAGAAACUGCAGUGCGUGCGGUUGGAGCGCGAUGUGGACGCUCAACGGCAGCGAACCGAAGCGCUGGAGCGAGACUUGAGCUCGGCGCACACACACAGUAGGCAGCUGCAGGCAGAACUACAGAGGAAGAGCGCAUAUGUGGAGCGUGUGGAGCGCCUGCAGGGGGCGCUGGCUCAGCUACAGGCCACCUGUGAAAAGAGGGAGGGGCUAGAGCUGAGGCUACGAACGCGACUGGAGCAGGAGCUGCGCACAAUCAGAAACCAGCAGAGACAGACCCAGGCAUGUCUGACCAGCGAUCCAGCAUCCUCGGUGAAUGUCGCUGCCCUUCUGGAGCAUCUGAGGGAGCGCGAAGAGCGGAUUUUGGCUCUGGAGGCCGACAUGAUGCGCUGGGAGCAGAAAUACCUGGAGGAAAGCACCAUGAGGGAGUUUGCCAUGGAUGCAGCGGCCACUGCUGCUGCCCAGAGAGACACCACGAUCAUCAACCACUCGCCUUGUCAUUCAACCAAGAACAGUUUCAUUGAGGAUUUGCCCCAUGCUGAGCUCAGGAACCAGGAGGUGGAGAACAGGAUCCGUACCUUAUAUGGGCAGAUCCUGGAGAAGGACGCUGUGAUUAACGUUCUCCAGCAGCGACUACAGCAGGAACAAGAGAAGGGUGAGGUGGAAGAGGGCGUGUCCCAUGUUAGCCCCACCCCCUCACCUAACACAAGCCCUGCCAAUAACACAGGGAAGAGUCAUGCAGAUGGGCAGUCAGCUGGCAUGUCCCGACUUUGCCGUGUUGCGGCUGUAGUGUGUAAGGCCAGGAUCCGGGCUGAGCCUGCAGCUUUGACUACAGCCACAGAGCAGAGCUCCUGCACAGAGCCCAGUCUUGAUUCCAUUCAGCAACAGACCCCAUCGCCUCUGGAUCCUUUCAAAGGCCUGGACAGCGUGGAGGCUGAGGCAGUGGAAAUCUUCAUAUGAGUUCCAUCAGUCUUCCUUUCAUGAUCAAGACCUUUGUAGAGACAAUGGAGCCACAGACAUGGCAGCUGAUCCCUACAGAGAGGGCAGGAAUGCAGCAGUUUUGGAUGACGGUGCUGCCUGGAGGACCCAAAGCUGAGCUUUUGUGGACAGCUCUCUAAAUGAAUGUGAAGCUCAAGCAGGUCUUCGGGUCUUUGGAGGAGAGUGGAUGUUAUUUGUGUAUGUAAAUUCUUCGAGGUACUUGUGAAGUAUUGCAGUUUGUGAGUUGGACGGGAUGCUGAGAAAUCCUCAGGAGACACAAAGAACUCAAAUUCGAAGACAGUGCAGCACACAGUAGUGCCAAACUAGGCUUAGAAUCCACGACUUCUCUUACUACUUCACAGUCCUUAUUUCGGUCUGUUGCCACAUGACUAUUAAGUGUUUGAAAGGAAAGAGGGACUCAAACAGUCCAUGUAUAUAAUAAGGAAAGCGUGUUCGGACUAGGGCUGCAGCAAUUAGUCAACAAAGUCGAUUAUUAAAAAAAUAGAUUUUUGUUGUUAAAGUGUUAUUAACAGGCUAUGAUGUCAAAUGAUCCACACAGUCACUCUGACGCAUAGGGGGCGAUAUGACUUCUGUUGUUUUACUUUAAAGCUCAUUCAAGGGGAAGCAAAGAACAUAUAAUGUUCAUUUAGUCAAUUAAUUGAAUAAUAGAUGGUCGAUUAACUACAUUGACUGUAGACAUAACAGUUAGUUGCAGCCCUAGUUUGGACCGUUUUGCUGCCUUUCCGUGAAUUCCCUUGAGGAAAAGUGCCUCAUUCCCAAAGUAGGUUUACAAUUCUUUGUUCCUUCUCUCACCACGGCACAGUUGAUCUCACCACAUUCCUAUUCUGUUGAAUUUUCUCCCGGAGGCUCAGAUUGGUCUGUGCGGUUUUACAGCUCCACCUGAAUUGCAUGUUAUAAAUGGCGAGCAUGCUUGUCCUUCUUUCCCCUUGAAGGUGGGGAAAAUGAAGCAGUGUUCUCUUUUACACUCUUUCUCUGAAGCCUCACAUUUGUGAUCCGGCAUCUUUAGCACAAGCAGGUGGAAAUGUAUUAUGAAUUAUUUUGCCGCUCUUAUUUUUAUCUUUUAUUUUAUCUUUGAAUGUGUGUUUUCUCCUACAGUGCAUCUGCUGGUCAGUGCGCUAUAUGAAGAAACAUGUUAAGCUACAAACUGUUUUCUUUUGAUUUGUUGUUUUGUUUACGUUUACUGUGUUUCAAAGUAAAAUAUUAAUAUAUUUUGUAAGAAAUAAAGCAUUUAUUUUAAUGGAAUGUAGUGCCAAGGACCUGAUGCCAAAGACAUUCAGCAUUUCAUUAAAGUUAUAUUGUUCAUUCCAGAAAGCUUCGUGUAUUAACCAAGGGUUGAGCUCUCAUUACUGCGUGAAAAGAUGUGAACGUUCUGGAACAUUUCACAUAUGUACAAGAGAAAUAAAGGUAUUAAUAUAUAGAACUUCAUCUCUUAAA